ACGUGAGAAAUGACGUUUUUCGUCCAUACAGUCAGUCGCUCCCAUCGUUAGCCACCAAACCUUUAUUUUUAUUUUUUUUUACAAAACGAACCUGAUACGAAUGUGAGCCCGUCUAUACUGGCUCUGUAUUCUUUCUGGACAUGAUGCUUUAAAUAAUAGGAUUUUUUUUUUCAAUUCUUCUUCUUCUGCGCUGCUGUGGCACUUGAACGCAUCAUGCAGCAUUUGAGAACAUGGAGAGUUGUGCUGCUGCUCACCAUGAUCUUUCACCCGGGGCUGUCAGAUAGAUACGGUUGCCUGUUUGAGAGGAAACUGUGCUCCAGGGACCAGUUUUGCUUGGAUGAUGGACUAUUUGGUCAGUGUCGUAGUUCCAAGCAAGACCGGGUCCAGUACCAGGUGACGGUUCCUGUGCUGAAAAGAAUGCAGGAAGUCCUUAAACAGCUCAUGCUACAAGGUCUUUCCUGGCAGGACGACAUCACCCAGUAUAUUUUAUCAAAGGAACUGAAGAGAGUUCCUCACGUCACCCAGUCAGACAAACCAAACUCUUCUUCACCAAUAUCUCUAUCCAAACAGCAGGGCCCCCAUCACUACAACUCCAAGUCAGGGUCGGUACCGCCUGCGGGCAAAUACAUGGACUACAUGAUUGUUGAGCCGCCUCAGACACCACUACAAAUGCAAACAGCCUCCAUCGAUCCAUAUACGUACCACCAGCACAGACACCAAGAUGAGGCAGAGAGAUCUGUCAUUGGCGGCGGUGGCUAUGCUCGCACCCCUUCAUGGUCGCAGGCCAAUCAGAGAGGGCGAGAACGAGACAGGCAACUCCUUCAAGAGGCUUUGUCCCUCUAUUUGGCUUCUGCACCACCCUCUUACCGUCAUCGCGGAUCCACCGCCAUGGCUUCUGCAGGUCUGCCUUACUAUGAUGACCUGCAACUGGAGGUUCCGGUGGACUAUGUUGAAGAUUACACCCUAGAGGAGAGACUGGGUACUAUGAACCGGCAGCCGCCGCUUCAAAAUAAGAAGGUUUCUCAAGGCUACAGCGCUCAGUUUGGAAGCAGUGACGGCUUGCUGCAGAGGAUGUCAGAUGUCCUACAGAGAUACAGAGUGGACCCCAAAGAGCUCAGUCAAGAGCAGCUCUACAAACUAGCCCUCAUACUGCAGCUCUUGCAGACCCAAGACAGGACACAAGAUCCAAAUGAGAAGGAUCUCCUCACACUCAAGGAGAUGCAGCUCUUAAAAACAGACAGCAUGCCCAAGAAGCCGGAGAGGCCUGCCUCUGCCGAUGCACCUCAAACCCUCAGACCCUUAGCCACAACUACACCGUCUACGAAGAUUACAAAGCCCCCACCAACUGUCCGUCAGUCCCCAUUGGUUUCUCCCGAAGACGGAGACAACACGGAGAAGCAGGCACCACCACAACUUGACGACACUGGAGACAAGGAGGAAUAUGGCUACAUAGUCACCAACCAGAGUCAUCUGAGUUUAUAUGAUGGAGUGAAGUUGUUGGGACUACUUGCAGAGAGGAUACACUUGGCAACCAGCAGCUUCAUCAAUAUAAGCGUGGUCGGACCUGCACUGACUUUCCGUCUCCGUCAGAAUGAACACAACAUGACUGCUGCAGAGGUGGCAGCUAAAGCCGUAUCGGAAAAGAACUUCCUGGAAACGGAGACGAGCCUGAAGAUUGUACAGAGCGGAGUGGGAGAGAGGACAAAUGCACAGGGUCUCCCUCAGGUAACCAGGGUUUCCCAGGGCUCCAGCGGGACGGUUAUCACACUGGUUUCCAUGGCAGUCGUAGGAGGAGUGUUGAUACUGGCUGUGGCCGUCGCUUGCCUCAGGCACUACGCUCACCAAGUGGCCAAUGGCAAACUGGGUCUGGGGCCAGAGGGAGGAGCCGAAACACACUUUGAUUAUCAGGAGCUAUGUCGGCAGCACAUGGCGUCCAAAUCCUCUCUGUGCCGCCAGGACUGUGUGGGCGGCGGGAGCAGCGGGAUGGCGGCUUCCGGGGGCGCCACCGGCGGCCGUCGAGGAACGGACACGUCCCGUGUGAGCAGCGUUUCCUCCCAGUUCAGCGACGGCCCUCAGCACAGCCCCUCCUCGACCCAUAGCUCAACUCCAUCCUGGAGCGAGGAGCCCGCACAGUCAAAUAUGGAUAUCUCCACCGGUCAUGUGAUUCUGGCCUAUAUGGAGGACCACCUUCGUAACAAGGACCGCCUUCAGAAGGAGUGGGAGGCCUUGUGCUCCUACCAGGCUGACCCCAGCUCAGUGGCUGUUGCGCAAACUCCCAUCAACAUGGACAAAAACAGACAAGCUGAGUCGCUCCCAUAUGAUCACUCACGUGUGAAGCUGAAACGGGAACAAAACCCCAGAAAACUAGAUUACAUCAACGCCAGCUUCAUUUCUGAUCAUGACCCCCGGCAGCCCGCUUAUAUCGCCACUCAGGGCCCUCUGACUCACACUGUGGCAGAUUUUUGGCAGAUGGUUUGGGAGAACGGUUGCACUGUGAUAGUGAUGAUGUCUGCUCUAGUGGAGGAUGGACAGAAACAAAGCGAGCGGUACUGGCCUGAUGAAGGUUCAUCGCUGUAUCACAUCUAUGAGGUGAACCUGGUGUCAGAGCAUAUCUGGUGCAAGGACUUCCUGGUGCGUAGCUUCUACCUGAAGAAUGUUCAGACACAAGAGACAAGAACCUUAACACAGUUUCAUCUGCUGAGUUGGCCGGCUGAUGGCAUCCCCACUUCCACGCGACCCCUGCUUGAUUUCCGCAGGAAGGUGAAUAAAUGCUACAGAGGUCGCUCCUGUCCAAUAAUUGUUCACUGCAGUGAUGGCACCGGAAGGACCGGCACAUACAUCCUCAUUGAUAUGGUGCUGAAUCGCAUGGCUAAAGGCGUCAAGGAGAUUGACAUUGCUGCCACAUUGGAGCACAUUAGAGACCAGAGACCCGGCCUCGUUCGCACCAAGGACCAGUUUGAGUUUGCACUGACAGCUGUAGCCGAGGAGGUGAAUGCCAUCUUGAAAGCUUUGCCACAGUGAACUGCAGCAAUAGAGGACACAAACACGACGCAAAACCACCCGAAAAUAUUGUAAAACGCCCACUUCCGCCAGAGGUCUCAGAAGAACUUAAGUGCAUCCGGUAUUUUAUCAUUUACUUGACUGAAUUUUUUCCAAAACUUGUAAUGUAAAUGUUAAAUGCGUGAAUACAUUUGUCAAAUUGUAAGACAAAAUUGUAAAACAUACACAGUGCCUGUGUGAAUUCUGAGUUUUGCUGUACCAGAAAACUGUACUCUACUGUCUUGUUUGUGUCAAUUUUGAGCUCAAGUUUUAUGGAGAUUGUUUUCGUCCAUGUUUUAUCAGAUUAUGUACUUUGAACAGCGAUACGUGCGCAUCGUUGCUUUCUUAAUUGAAUCGCAUGAAUCAGUUCAUGAUCACAUACUACAUAGGACGCACGUCCUAUCUGAUGAAAAACUCAAAAGGCUAUCUAUUGGUGCAGGAUCCAAAGUAAUUCAGCUCCCGUACUAGCAUCACAGACUAGCUGUCCUACUUAGUCAAAGACUGAAAGACUUAACAGGUCAGCUUUAGUCUGAGCUGUUCUAUUUAGUCAUAGACUCAAAAUGCUAGAUAGGAUCUGCGGUAUUACUCGGGACUCAAUCUCCCAGACGUGAGCUGUCCUAUCUAGUCUUUGAGCCGAUAAAGCUUGCCUACUUUGGAUCCUGCACCAACCUGUCAAGACUACCCGGUCAGUAAUAAUCACUUCCAGCUGACCUAUCUAGUCUUUGAGAACUUCGGUCUUGUCAGACUUAAGAUGUUCUAUCAAUACAAAAGACUAGAUAGGACAGCUAUACUCUUGAGAGGUUUGUACAGAUCCUAAGUAGUACUUAUUUUCAACACUUUGGAUGCUGCUGGAACCCCUCUUUAAUCAACUGACGAGGCCUACUUUGGAUCCUACUUUGGAUUUUUUUUUGUCAGACUAGGAAGUCUGUCGUCUGUCUUAUCAAAGAUACGGAGACUAGAUAGGACAGCGUGGAUGAAUGAGCGUAUUCCAAGGCAUCUGCUUGCUGCAGAUCACCCUCACGUUUUUGUUGUUCGGUUUCUGUGCAGCAAUGUGAUUAAUGUAAAUACUUUCCUGAGAUGAUUGUAUUUAUUUCGUGUAGCAGAAAGAUAAAAUAUCUAUAAAAAAUGUAUUUUUGACUUGAUAAAUAAAUGUGAUG